AUGGCCUGUGGCAGUGGAGUCUGGAAUCUCCUCAGUUUGGUGUCUCAAGCAAGACAACUUCCAGGAUGGGAAGACUGGGAGAGCUUGUCAGGAGUCCUUGCCACAUUGCCCGUGCCUGGAGAGAAUCCAGUCCUUGGUGCCUCUGGGUCGAGAGCUGAGUCUAAAGAAGGUUGCCUGUCCCUCACGCUGCGGUCUGUCUGCAGAGCUCAGAACCAACCUCUGAGCCUUCUCUGGCGGCGUGUCUUCCUGAAGGAGAGGCCAAAGGGGAGGAAGAUGCCCGCCAAGCUGCGCCUGCUGCCGCUGCAGGGCCUGAGCAUCCAGCAUCACUCCUUUGCUGUCCCUCAUGCUGCUGUCUGUCUCCAGAGCAUAAGGGCAGUGUCAGCACCUGCUCUGGCUGCCUCUGCAUCCAAGGAAGAGGCUGAGGAGGAGGAAGGUGCCAAUGAACCUGCCCCUGCUGUCAGCCCAGAGCCUGAGCAGCCAACAUCAAGCUCCACCUCCUCUGUCCUGGCACCUGCGCGAGCUGCAGCUGCAGGCUCUGAAGAAGGCUCCAGUCGCCAAGCUGCAAACUCAAGCACGAGCAGCUCGUGCACCUGGAGCACGAGCAGCUCCUGUGGCAGCAGAGAGCAGCUGCAAGAGAGGACAGAGGACGAGUGGCUGGCCACGCUGAGGAUGCUGGUGAGCGAGGGAGAUGCCGAGGCUAAAUACACAGAACUGGAAACUCUUGGCAAAGGGUGGCAUGUGUGUACCUGGAAAAAUGCACAUGCAGAGAUACAGAAAGAGAAAAGGGAGAAAGGACGCAGAGCAGUAUCUGUCGUGUUCCAUUUGCUGUUUGCCCUAGGACGGUUUUUCCCCUUGGAGCGCGGUGACUUGCACUUGCAGGGACUAAAGGACUUCUCCUUUCUCUGCUGCUGUUUUGUUUCCAGGGGUUUCGGCACCGUGUGCAUGGCAGUGGAGACUGCCACAGGAGAAGAGGUGGCCAUAAAGAAAAUCAGUCUCCUGCAAGAGAGCAGCAGUGAACUGUGCGUGAAUGAAAUCCAGGUCAUACGCGACAAGAAGAACGCCAACCUUGUGAGCUAUGUAGACAGCUACCUGGUGAACCAAGAACUCUGGCUGGUGAUGGAGUACAUGGACGGAGGUUCUUUACAGGAUGUCAUCAGGGAGACUCAGAUGGAAGAAGGAGAGAUAGCAGCUGUCUCUCGAGAGUGCCUGCAAGGCCUGGAUUUCCUUCACUGCCAUCAAGUGAUCCACCGAGACAUCAAAAGCCACAACAUUCUCCUGGGCUUGGACGGAUCUGUCAAGUUGGCUGAUUUUGGCCUCGCUGCUCAGCUCACUGCUGAGCAGAGCAAACGGAGAUCAGCUGUCGGGACUAUUUACUGGAUGGCGCCAGAAAUUUUCACCAGGAAGCCCUAUGGCCCCAAAGUGGACAUCUGGUCCCUUGGCAUUGUGGGGAUCGAGAUGGUGGAAGGAGCGCCUCCUCACCUGAUGAAAACCGCCCGCACGGUCCGACAGCUGAUAAGCAGCGGGGGCAGGCCGAGGCUGCAGAAGCCCAGGCAGCAGUCCGCUUGGCUGCGAGACUUCCUGCACUGCUGCCUGGAGACAGACGAGGACAGGCGCUGGUCUGCCCAGGAGCUUCUGCAGCAUCCGUUUGUAACCUCAGCCAAGCCGACCUCCAGCCUGACGCCUCUCAUCAUGGCAGCACAGCAGUUCACGGCCAACAGGAGAUACUAG